UGAUUUUAGGAACAUCUCUUUAAAUUAGGUUUUGAGUAGCGAACGUUAAAAGCCGUCAAUAGCGACCAAACAAGCCACCAGCAGCACAAGCCCUAGUUCUUGAUGCCGCUUAUAUACCUCAUCUCUAUACGCUCUCUUUAAUUCUCCCUAAAUUUCACUGCUUGCAAAUCCAGUUUUCCCCUGUUUCCUGUUUCCUCAUCGACAGAUCAGAUCUCUCUGUUAGCAGUUUUGAAUCACUUUCAUCAUGUUUGGGCGUGUUCCAAAGAAGAGUGAUAAUACAAAGUAUUAUGAAGUUCUUGGGGUCCCACAAACUGCCACUCCAGAUGAACUAAAGAAGGCUUACAGAAAGGCUGCAAUAAAGAAUCAUCCUGACAAAGGUGGUGACCCUGAGAAGUUCAAGGAAUUGUCACAAGCAUAUGAAGUUCUUAGUGAUCCAGAAAAAAGAGAAAUUUAUGAUGAAUAUGGUGAAGAUGCUUUGAAAGAGGGUAUGGGAGGUGGUGGCAGCUCAUCUGAGAGCCCUUUUGAUAUCUUUGAGCAGUUUUUUGGUGGUGGUGGUGGUUUUGGUGGCGGAUUUGGUGGUGGAGGUAGUUCAAGAACUAGGAAGAAGCAAGGAGAAGAUGUGAAACAAGUUCUAAAGGUCUCUUUGGAAGAAGUGUAUAAUGGUAUUACAAAGAAACUCUCCCUUUCAAGGAAUAUCUUGUGCAAAAAGUGUAAAGGGAAAGGUUCGAAAAGUGGUGCUUCAUCAAGAUGCUUUGGAUGUCAAGGAUCUGGAAUGCGGGUGACAACCAGGCAAAUUGGCCCAGGAAUGAUCCAACAAAUGCAACAUGUUUGUCCUGAAUGUCGAGGCUCUGGAGAAUCGAUAAGUGAGAGAGAUAGAUGCCAACAGUGUAAAGGAAAGAAGGUGACACAGGAGAAGAGAGUGCUUGAAGUUCAUGUUGAAAAAGGAAUGCAAAAUGGUCAAAAAAUUGUUUUUGAGGGUCAAGCUGAUGAAGCUCCUGAUACAGUUACAGGAGACAUAGUAUUCAUUCUCCAACUGAAAGAACACCCAAAAUUCAAAAGAAAACAAGACGAUCUUUAUGUGGAACACAAUGUCACCUUAACUGAAGCUCUUUGUGGCUUUCAAUUUGUUCUCACUCAUCUCGAUGGAAGACAACUUCUCAUCAAAACUAACCCUGGACAACUCAUUAAACCUGAUCAAUACAAAGGAAUCAAUGACGAGGGAAUGCCACAAUACCAAAGGCCAUUCAUGAAGGGCAAAUUAGUAAUUCACUUCAACGUAACCUUCCCUGAAGCGGGGGCACUAACACCCGAAAAAUGCAAAAUUCUGGAGACGAUUUUACCCUCGAGCACGAGUUCAUCUUCAUCUUCAAUGUCGGUGGAUGAAUGUGAAGAGACCAUUUUACAUGAUGUAAAUAUGGAAGAAGAAAUGAGGAGGAAAGAACAUCAGAGACAACAAGAAGCUUAUGAUGAAGAUGAUGACGAUGAACCUGGAAUGCAACGUGUUGGGUGUAACCAACAGUAAAAAAAAAUAAAAAAUAAAAUUUCAUGGUUUUGGAGAGGAUUUAUAUGAUAUGAUAUUUUGAAGCUUUUUUUUUUUUUUUUGACUGGCUGAUAUUAUUGUAUUUUUUGUUUUUAGGGUUUAUGAAUUGUUAAGGGAUUUGAAUCGGUUUUAAGGUGUUAUGUUAUAUUUGAUAUUUUAUGAUUAUGAUAUUUAUUUAUUGAGUAAA